CUACAUGUCUACCUGGAUCAUUUGCUGGUUACCCUCUUAGACAAUUGUCUGCUACACAAGUCAAAGUCAAGCUUAUGUGGUUGUUCAAGGCUGGAUAUUGAAUGCAGUCCCUCGUUCUCAAUCAGACAACAUGGUCAUGCGAGUUGGGAACAUAUGAUUGGUAAUCUGUUGUUACCAAUGGUGUUACUUAGCAUAUUUCGUCAGCUAUGAGAUUACUCGAUGUAUACAGUGUGGGAAGAUACAAUACAGAUAUCAAAACAUUGACCAUGUCAACUGGGGGGCUUCUUGAUGAGCAUGGAGAAUGACAACUAAAUUCUUUGUAUUCGAAAAAGUCUGUGAUAUUUCCUUGAAAGGUGGAGACAUCAGUAACGGAUAAUUAAUCUGCAACGAUACAGAUGGAUACAGUGUUCUAGACACCAAGCCAGCACAAUGGAUGAGUGUCAGCGGUCAGUCUUACAGCGCCACUUCAAGCAGCUGGCCAGUGACCUCAUGUUGUCGGAGGACCUGCUGGGGGACUUGUAUCAGCAGCACAUCUUUGACAGGAACAUGAUCGACAUCAUCAGGAGCCAAGCUACAGACAGCGACAGGGUGUACAAGAUGCUAGAAAUGCUUCCUAAACGUGGACCAUCUGCUUUUGACACUUUCAUCAACAUCAUCCAGGACAGCUACCCAUGGCUAGCCGCCAUGCUGGAUUCUAGCUACUUGGCCGCAAAGAGCAAACACCAGCCGAGUUCAGGUGGACAGCAUUGCAAGCUGGAGAGGCUGUUCACCGUCACAGACGCACCUCAACAUCAAGAUAAACCAGACUGUGACAUAAGGAAAAGAGUUGGGACAUUUGUCCACAAGCAGUUCGGUCAGAGUAAGAGGGUCUCCCAAAAUGAUAAAAAGGCAGUGGAAAGGUUUCUCAAUGAACAGCUGAAUGAUGAAAGGAUUCGACUUCAGUCUCUGGCAGAGAAAGCAGAAUCUCUCCCAGACACAGAAACCGAAUCUGUGGUCUCUCAGGUUAGUGAUGUUCAGCAAAAACUGUUUGAAAUCCAUGUCAUUCUAGAGCCAUACCUCCAGGGCAAGGCACUUAAAGAAUUCAACAACCUCCUUCCAGAAGACAUGACCUUUGAAAUCAUCCAAAAAGAAAUCAGAUCGGUUUUGGAAAAUCUGAAUAGAGCUGAGAAAGAACUCACUGAAUGUUCUAAGCUGCCUGGGCUUCAUGGGGAUGAGGAGGACAAAUUGCCAUUGUGCAGUUACAUAGAGAAGUUGAUAGAAAAAGUUGAGGAUCAGCAAGAGAAGCUUCAAAGUCAGGAAACUAGACUGACAGAACUGCAAGGAGAACUGAAUGAAUACUCCAUCCAUAUCGACAAACUAGAAUCUGAAAGAGAAACUUCUAGGAGUAAGAUACAACUUCUAUCCAAGGAAGUGUCUCAGGUCAGACAUGACAAAUUCAAGUUGGAGGAGAGAAACGCCCAACUUGAAAAGAUUCAUCAACAACAUCUUGAAAAGGAAAAGACUCUAGAGAAUCUGAAAUCAGUUGUGAGAGAACUGCAGGCAUCAAAGACUUGCAAUAGCAGUGGUAACAUAGAUGACAGUCAGAAUGUCCGAUCACGGGAGGUAAAUGGACUUCGGAGCAGUAUAAUAAGACGUACCUUCAGGACAACGGGGGAAAGGUUUGGAAGGACAACACCAAAACCCAUCCAUAAUUACCAGCUGGCCAGAACUAGAUACACGGUCAGGAAUACAACCAAGAAGAAGGCAAAUUUACCAUGAUAGAAGCGUUAACCAUGUAGCAAAAUAUUCCAAAAUGACAUGCAUUAUGAAUGUGUUUGUGGUGCCACAGGUAGGGAAGGAUAUGGUCAGCUUUUCGUGAACAUGUGGCAUCAUUACUAUUUGAUAGUCAUUAAAAAACAUUCUUAUGAUAUAGUUGACAUUGUACAACAGACUCUGCUUCUUUGAGAUUUCUUUUGAUUAUGGAAAUGGUACUUGUUACUUUUAUCUACAAACAGUAUGUGUAUUGCUGCCAAGUGACAGACAUGUACUGAUGGGGACACCCAAGAUUGAGCAUUACAGCUGGUGUCUGUGUUUGGAAUCAACCCAAUCAUGUUGUAACAAGACACAAGGCUACUGUAGCACACCAGCACAGGGACAGCCAUGAUUAGCAUCACUGAUAGGAGUAUGAAUUGCUCAUAUCUGGAACACAACAACCAGUCCUGAUACUUAUCUGAUGUUUUGUAUUCAAUCAGUUUUUAAUGCUGUUAAGGAGUUCAUUUGUUUGUGUUGAGAGUGAUAUAUUUCACAAGUCAACAUUAUUAGUCAAGAAUAAAAAAAUCUUUCAGUUUCAAUCAGUCAUGCAAUGUGUACAAUCAAGAUAUGUCAUGCCUUCCAUUUCAAAUCAAAUAAACAAAUAUGUAUUGAAGUAUACUCAAUGUCAUCAUGUCAACACAAAGCAUCACCAACCUGCUUCAGCUUCAUCUUAUCAUUCAUCGUGUUUGUUCUGAAUUUGAGGAAACAAAACAUGUCACAAGACACCAAAUUAAAUGCAGAUCUAUAAUAGUGUAAUGUUGAGUGAGUUGGCUACUAGCUUGUGCAAUUUGUAUUUGUUAGUUCCCAACAUAUCCAUAUUCAGAUCCAUUGCAAACAGUGAGUCAAACAAUAAAAAAUGUCAACAACU